CGGUGGUAUGUCAAGAAAAACUACAUGCGUAUUUUAUCUAUCUUCCUAAUAUGCAUUUUAGUUGUCCGAUGUAAAAUUGUGAUUGAGGAUGCCAACAUAGCCGCUCUAAGCCAUGAUGAUAUAGGAAUGAUUUUUUAUGUAGCUAUUAGAAACACGGAUACUUGCUCAUACACCAUCCUUACGCGAAUGGUAAAGUGCGUUGAGGAAAUAGAUUCUAAUGAUAAAGAUUGCGAAAUGAUGCAGCUUAUCGGCGGGGAUAUGGGAAUUAUUAAGCCACGUUGUGCUAAAAACAUUACCCUAGUUUACCCAAAUGUGUAUUUACUAAAUAGAAAGGGAUAUUGUAUAAUUGCCAUAAAAUUUAUAAGUGAAGACCAGCAAAUGCUCGAAAAAAAGACCAAUAUAAGUUUUAACACUUAUAUAAAAGGAAAUCAUUGGAAACCUCUAAGAUGUAACAAUUUUUUUGAAAAACACAGAUCAACAAUUUGCGAAAGUGUCGAUUUAGACCCGUUGAAUAAUUGCGAACCCGUUGAUUGUCACAUGAAAUAUAUUGGAACGAGAAAUUAUUUUAAUAAGAGAUGGAAACGGUGUCAAAAAGUACCUAAAUGCGUUUACGACCCCGAUAAAGAGCUUCCAGAUGUGGGAUAUACCCCCAUUACAAAUAAAUGUUUAGACUUGGAAAAAUGUAUAAAGCGAGCCGAGUUAACACCUUUAGAGAAUAAAUACGCCGAAAUGAACGAUCAAAAUAAAUAUUCGAUGAUUUUGACUACUAUUCAUUGUCAUCAUGGAAAGGCAAAUAACAACACAGGAUUAUGCGAUUGUGACCCCGGCUGGGGUUCAGCUCCGUUUGAACCUAUUCCAAGUUUAUUUACAUUUCAUAUGUGUAAUAUAGAAAGGAAUUCUUGGUACGAUUCCAACCGGUCAAUGGUUACGUUUAUUGCAUUUUUUAUUUCCAUAUCAUCAGUAUGUGUGGCAAUGUUAGUAGUUUUGGUCUCGUUCGUUUUGUAUCAUCUCUACAAAUGUUUGAAGAAUAAGCCGGAUAAACCGCGACCUGAUAUCGAAUGCGGUUCGAAAUCGAAUUCGACUCAAAGUGUUAAAACACAAGAUACGCCGAAAUCAAGGAUAACUAAAGACGGCGUUAGCGACCCGAAUAAAACGGUUUAUUUGGCAACGGAAACGUCGUCUAGAGCUAAAUCGGGGGAACGAACGGAUACGUUUUCUUCGGAUUAUUCGAAAGCGUCCAAGAUGUCUAAGGAAACUUAUCGGUUAUCGAAUUCGACGGAUUCAAAUGAGUCGAAGAAUACUAGGAGUUCUAGUAAAUCGAAAUCGCAGAGUACGCAGGGUAGUUCGACCGAAAAAAGUUCAAGGGAUUCUUCGAUUAAAGCUCGAUCAUCUGCUAGUACCUUAACAAGAGAUAAAUGAAAAUAAAAAAAUUAAAUGAUGAAGAAAUGAGAUAAAAUGGCUG